UUGGUUUGCGUUGAUGCUGCUCCUUAAAGCUGCUGUCUGCCUGUGAGUGGUGUGUUGUCGCUGUGAUUGGAGCAGCAGCCGGUGUGUGGAUGCAUCGCAGGGCGGACUGAGCUCACCGACAGACCGGCCACAAGCUCUCACAGACGCGCUGAAACAUGUCCGGGACUCCGGCCACAUCUGCGACCCUGCAGCCCGCAAAAAUGAAAAAGGACGAGUCCUUUCUGGGGAAACUAGGAGGAACCCUCGUCCGGAAGAAGAAAUCUAAAGAAGUGAGUGAUCUUCACGAAGAGGGGAAGAAUGCAAUCAAUGCUCCCAUGUUGCCUUCAGGGACAGACAUCCACCCAGAGGAUACACUGCUGGAGGAAAAUGCAGAGAGGAUCAUGUUGGACCCGACGUCUCGGGAAAAUCUUAAAUUUAAAGAUCUUUUGAAGGUCCUUAUUGACUGGAUCAACAGUGAGUUGGAGGAAGAGAGGAUCAUUGUCAAAGACCUGGAGGAGGAUUGCUAUGAUGGACAAGUGCUCCAGAAGUUAUUUGAAAAGUUGUCAGGCAGAAAGCUGAACGUGGCGGAGGUCACCCAGUCGGAGAUUGGCCAGAAGCAGAAGCUUCAGACAGUUCUGGAGGCUGUCAAUGACCUGCUGAGGCCUCACGGCUGGACCAUCGAGUGGAGUGUGGACUCGAUCCAUUCAAAGAACCUGGUGGCCAUCGUCUAUCUGCUGGUGGCUCUCGCUAUGCACUUCCAGGCCCCCAUCAGGCUGCCUGAGCACGUCUCUGUGCAGGUGGUGGUGGUGAAGAAGCGAGAGGGCAUCCUGCAGACCGCUCUGGUCACCAAGGAGCUGACGAGCACCACAGAAAUGAUGAUGGGAAGAUUUGAGCGGGAUGCGUUUGAUACUUUACUGGAUCACGCACCUGACAAGCUCAACGUGGUUAAAACGUCACUCAUCACCUUUGUGAACAAACACCUGAACAAGUUGAAUCUGGAAGUUACUGAGCUGGAAUCUCAGUUUGCUGAUGGAGUGUACCUGAUUUUACUGAUGGGGCUGCUGGAAGACUACUUUGUCCCCCUGUACAACUUCUUCCUCACCCCAGAGAGCUUCGAGCAGAAGGUUCACAACGUGGCUUUUGCUUUUGAACUGAUGCAGGACGGAGGCCUGAAAAAACCCAAAGCCAGACCAGAAGAUGUUGUGAACCUGAACCUCAAGUCCACCCUCAGAGUCCUCUACAACCUGUUCACCAACUACAAAAAUACUGAGUGAACUUUUCCCACUUUUACCGCCUGAUAUUACUUUGAACACUGGCCUGUGCCUGAGCUGAUCAUUUGCAUUACAGUCUGGACAGUGGAGAUCAACUGGGACUGAAAGUCGUCAUUAUGUGGGACUUAAAAAGACCCAGGGGGGAUAUAGCCAGAAAAAGACUCUGAACGUUAGUAUUUAAUCUUCCCCAAAUGUCAGUAUUUAUUUAUGCCUUGCUCAAAUGUUAACUGCGACCCAGGAAGCCCUGCAACCUUUAGCCCUGCAUUUGAAUACAUGACUGUCACGGGAAAAUGUUAAAACUGGAAGACAUUUGUGUGUUAAACCAAACUGAUUACCAUCACAGAAUCCUUUCAGAAAUCGAAAAUGCUGGUAUAAAUGAUAUAGUAUCUAUAAGCUUUCUAUAAACAUUAAAGGAAUUGUUAGAUAUUUUGGUAAAUAUGCUUCUUUCCAAUCGCUCUGUUUGGUAAAGCAAGAAUCUGGUAAGCUCAGCUCGGUAAAAUAACUUAUACGUUUUCUAGAAUGUGAUAAUUUAGAAGAAAGUUUUUACAUCUGACAUCAAAUUGCCUGACUGGAAGUUGUGCUGUCUGUAUUUUACCCAUCAAAAACAGUGCAAACAGAACCUACAUAACAUGUCAGCAUAUAAAAACUCUGGAUAACUUUUGAAUUAGGCUGUUAUUAUACAUUGUAGGCAGUAAUAUGUUGCAAAUAAUAAUAAUGAUAAAAAUGAUUUAUAAUAGAUUAUUCUUAUUCAUUCUAAUGUUAAGAAAACAUUAUUUUAGUAGCAGCACUAAGCUAGUAGCUAAUAUCAGCAGCUGUAUAAUAUAAUAAUAAAUGUGUACAUGUUCAUUUCAA